AUGACGGAUAUUUUAAAUAUCGAGGACGAGCCGAUUUUUGACGAUCGCAUCGUCAAGAUCGAGACUCACACGUGCAAUCCGUUCGCCAACACGACGUUCGAAUACAACGAUGAGAUAAGAUUUCCUAUACAACAACAGGAUCUUUACACGUUAUCGCACGAAAGUUUUCUAUACAUUGAAGGAAAACUUAUAAUAAAGAAACCAGUUGCGGGAUCUGAUGUGACAUUGACAAAUAAUUGCGUCGCGUUCAUGUUCGAUGAGAUUCGAUACGAGCUCGACGGUGUGGAGAUUGAUCGAAACAGAAACGUCGGAAUAACCAGCACCUUCAAGAACUAUGUAACUAUGUCAGCCGCCAGAAGCGUAAUCGCGAGGAACGCCGGCUGGGAUCCGUGGAAUCCUCCGAACGGAUACUUUAAUUUUUGCGUACCGCUCAACAUGCUGUUGGGAUUUUGUGAAGAUUACAGACGCGUGGUGAUCAACGCUCGCCAUGAGCUGAUUUCAAUACGCGCGCAUAACGAUAACAAUUGUCUGAUGGGAAGUUCAGAAUUGGAGCCGAAGAUUGAAUUACUCAAAGUUCAGUGGCGAAUGCCGCACGUGUUACUGAACGAAAUAAAUAAACUGUCGAUGCUGCGUGCUCUGGAAAGCGGGCGAUACCUCAGCAUGGCAUUUCGCUCUUGGGAUCUAUACCAGUAUCCUUUAUUGCAAAGCACAACCAAACAUUCGUGGGCCAUCAAGACCGCUACUCAGCUUGAGAAGCCUCGAUACGUCGUUUUCGCUCUGCAGGCUAGUCGAAAGAAUAUCAUGUCUGAAAACAUGAGCCGAUUCGAUCAUUGCAAAUUAAUCAACGCGAAACUCUAUUUAAACUCGGAAUGUUAUCCGUACGAUGAUCUGAAUCUAGAUUUCGAUAAAAAUAAAUGGUCGAUUCUGUACGAGACGUAUGCACAUUUCUGUAAAAACUAUUACGGAUAUGAUUAUCUCGAGCCGAAUCAAUCCGUCACCAUGUUUCGACAUAAUGGUCCAUUCGUGAUUAUCGAUUUUUCUCGACAAAACGAAUCGAUCAAGAGCGCAACCGUGGAUGUACGCUUAGAAUUUGAAUGCAGAGAAAAUGUACCCGCGAACACUACCGCGUACUGUCUCAUUAUACACGAUCGUGUGAUUCAGUACAACCCGUUGACCAACGUUGUGCUCAAAAUUACUUAA